GGUUUAUGUCUUCCGGAUUGCUGUUUGAUAAUGGCGCCUGGAAUACCAUAUCAGUUUUUCUGUUCUAGGCCGUUUUUUCUGGUUUUAAUUGUAACAUUAGCUAUUUUAAGUACAGCGGCCGGGGAAAAGCAGUUGAAGUUUGUCACGUUGCUUUAUCGUCAUGGUGACAGGUCCCCUGUCAGAACUUUUCCCACUGAUCCCCACCAGGAGAGUGCUUGGCCUCAGGGCUUUGGGCAGCUCACCAAAGUGGGGAUGAGGCAGCAUUUCGAGUUGGGACAGACUCUGAAAAGACGAUACAGAGGGUUUCUUAAUGAAAACUACAGUCGGAGAGAGAUCUCAGUUCGCAGCACAGAUUAUGACAGGACGUUGAUGAGCGCUGAGGCCAACCUGGCAGGACUGUACCCUCCCAAUGGCAGUGAGGUCUUCAACCCAAACAUCACCUGGCAACCCAUUCCAGUCCACACUGUCCCAGACACUGAAGACAUGUUGCUGAGGUUCCCAUUGCCAAACUGUCCUCGUUAUGAUCUCCUGAUGAACGAGACUAAGAAAACGGAGGCAUUUGUGAACAUGACGAAGAACAAUAUUAAAUUUUUGGAAAUGGUGGGCAAUGAAACUGGGUUGAAGGAUGUAUCUGUAGAGUCAAUCUGGAGCGUCUACGAUACUCUGUUUUGUGAGCAAUGUCAUAACAUGACACUGCCUCCUUGGGCAACACUGGAGGUGAUGCAGAAAUUAAAGAAGCUGAAGGACUUCAGCUUUGAGUUCAUGUUCGGGAUCUACAAGAGAGAGCAGAAGGCCCGUCUCCAAGGAGGUGUUCUUCUCGGGCAUAUUGUAAAAAAUAUCUCACAAGCUUCCAAUAUCUCCUCCACUCAUCCCCUGAAGCUGAUGAUCUACUCGGCGCACGACACUACUAUUGUGGCUUUGCAGCUAGCACUUGACGUUUACAAUGGCAAACAGGCCCCCUAUGCUGCGUGCCAUAUCUUUGAGCUGUAUCAAGAAGAUCAUGGGGCCUUCACAGUAGGGAUGUUCUAUCGGAACGAGACCGGGAAAGAUCCAUACCCUGUGAAACUGCCAAACUGUACCCAGGACUGUCCACUUGAGGAUUUUAUUAGGAUCACGAAGUCCGUCAUUCCAGAAGACUGGGCAAAGGAAUGUCAGAUCGGCAGAACGCUCCAGGACACAGAAGUGAUUGUGGGUCUGGUGGUUUGUGGCUGCUUGCUGUUCUUGCUGAUUCUGCUUCUGUUGACUGUUCUGUGCCGGCAGAAAUCUCAGGCAAACGGGUAUCGGCACGUCUCAAACGAGGGUGAAGACCCAUCCUGACAAUCACUCUCACUUCUCGGAAAACAAGAACUCUCAGACAGCGAGGAUGGCUUUUAAUUCCCCCAGGACAUAAUGAAAGGGAGCUGAGACAAGUUACUGAGCAAUCACAAAGUUUAAAAGAAACAAAAACAAAAAAAAAAUUGUAUUUUUUCAGUUACACUUUCUUGGUUCCACAUUGAGCAUUGAUGUCUGACUCAGGGUAGUAAGGGGUGCUUGAUAUGUAGUCGCAGGACAAACACAUGAACCUAAUUCUUUGGGAGCUGCUAAUGUUCUCGAUCCUUGAAUUUGUGUGUUUAAAAAAAAAAAAAAAAAAAAAAGUAAUUUUUAAUGCAGUGAAUGUCUAGACUUUUUUGAGAACACAUUCUGUGCUCAAUUUAACAUGCUGUAUUGUGUUUUUUUUUUUUUUCCCCCUAAGACUGCACCUCUUACCUUCUGUUGCUUCUUCCUUCCACUCCAUUUACAAUAUGGUUCAUUCCAGUCUAAGACUUUGAGAGUAGCUACUGUUGAGAAAAACACUGACCUUGACAGGAGCUUGUUUCCCAGUGAGUUUGUUUGUGGUUAGUGCCCAAAUCGAUUUAUGAAUGAUAACGUUGGUUUCAACAUGGGCCCAUACAUGGAACUGAAUGAAGAAUCAGAUAUUAGUGCACUCAUACACAAAAUGAUGCUUGUCGGAAGCUAACCCAUUAUUUAAUUGGAAGGGAAGUGCACUGUACUUGAAAGAUGCAUUUCUGUUGCUAUAGUAACACUCAUGUUUAAUAGAAAUUUAAUUCCUUAGAAACUUAAUUUACAGGAAUGUGAUGUAAUUUAUUGAAUGUAUUGGCAUUCUGGAUUUACAGGUGGGGCAUUUUUUGAUAUGCAAGGAUUAAUAACUUCAACAGUGGGUUUUGUUUUUUUUAGCUAAUAAAGCAGAAAUGUAUGGUAAGGAAACAUUGAAUUGUAUUUGCUGACUAACACAUUGAAUUGGCCAUGCCAAGUAAAGUAGAAACCAGAACAUCUAGACUGACAGAUUUCAGUUUGCUCUUGGUAGUUCAGUGCCAUACACACACAAAUGGGUUGCACAAAAAAAAGUUUUGCCACAUUUUGCAAGGGGAAACAGAGUUUAAUUAUUAUUAUAUUUUAUUUUAUUUUAUUUUGACAGGUAUAUGGUUUGGGUUUUUGAUUUAACUUCAUGCUUGUUAAUUGUAAUUUAAAGAAUUUAAAUAAAUGCAUUUGCAACGAA